AUGUCGUCCCCCAACGGCGCCCCACUAAUCGACAUGCCCAAGCUUACAACCACAAAUUAUAGCACCUGGGCACCGCUCAUGAAGAAUCUCCUCAAAAUAAACCUAAUCUGGGGACUCGUCCAAGGGCGCGAAGGUGCCCCCUCCCUCAGCAGCGGUAGCAGCCGACAAGAAAUCGAGCACUUCCAUGUGCGGCAGGACCUAGCCACCUCACAGAUCUUCCUCAACUGCGACAGCGAGGUGCAAGCCAAGAUCGCCGAUAUCGAUGACCCGGCGGAGCUGUGGCGGUUGCUCAAGGAUAUGAGCGAGAAGGCGACUAUGGUGGAUGAGUAUUGGUUGCGCAAAAGACUGUACUCCGUUGAGCUGGGUGAGUGCGGGUCUGUGGCGGCGUAUGUGGGCUUGAUACAGGACACGAUCAAUCUGAUUGGUGCUUGCAACCCUGACGAACCCAUUGGGCCUGCGCAGCACUGUUUUGUACUAUGUGAUGGGCUAUCCGAGGAGUGGUUGCCAUUUAUUGGGGAGCUACAUCGUGCGGGAAAGACGAGCAGGAAGCCGGAGGAGUUGAUCAAGUUGUUUUUGGAACAUGAGGUGCAGCUGAACCGGGAGAAAGAGGAGAAGGAGAAGGAGGAGAAGGAGAAGGAGCGGAAACGAACUGAGGCGGUUCCAGUGCCGCCAGAGCCGGAAAGGGUACGAGAGAGCCCGCCGGUACGGGAGAGUCCACCGGUACGAGAAAGUCCAUCAGCACUAUCACUAUCACUGGUGACAGUAGGAGGUAGUGGAGGGGGAGGAGGAGGAGGAGGGCAGGAAGCGCCUGAGGUCGCUCGAAACAUUCUGGUCCGCUCCCGCCACCGCUUCUUCAAUAUCCGCGAUACAAAAGUCAACUUCUACUACACUCACCACUUCAGUUUGAUCCACUAUCACGCCUGCUAUUCCGUCCCGGCGUUCUCCGUCAUAACAGACCACAUUCACGUGCUAUAUCCAGAACUAUGCCGCCAGAUAUACGCCAACGACCGGCGGGACAGGACCAUCUCUGGGAACGAGCAAGUGGGCGAUGUAGCAAUAUACAUUAAGCCCUCCACCGGCGAACAUGAGGAGGAGGGUGCUGCCAAUUGUGGUGGUGGUGGUGGUGGUGGUGGCACUGCUAACUCCGGUAGUAGUAUACGUAGUAGUGCUGCUUCUGUUCGUUGUGGUGGUGCUGCUGAUCCUGGUUCUGAGGAGGGCUCCCCAUCACCGGCAAGUGAGACCGUGGUUGAGAAGAAGAAGUUCCUGGAUUGGAUCUUCGAAACGCCAGAUUGGAGGCAGUUGUUGUUGGACAACUUCUGGGAGUUCCCCGGAGGGAACGGAGGGCCGACAUAUACAUUGGAGGUCGAGUAUGAAGAGAAUCAUCGCGUUUCGAUCUACUUCGACCACGAAAGAGAGUUUGAGUCAUUGGGCGUCACUCUGGAGAUGUUCUUCCCACCAGAGGGGGAUAUGGAGUUUUGA